GGCAACCAGAAGCAACUCCAAACCUUGUUAGAUUCACAGAGAGAGAGAGAGAGAGAGAGAGAGAGAGAGAGAGAGAGAUGGUGUCUCGGUCUCAGAGAAAGCUGGCCCUGCGCCGGAAGUUACGUGUUCUUCGGUCUCUCACCAGUUCCAAAUCUCUGAGGAGGAAGUCUGUUAUAAUGGACGCUCUUGAUUAUAUCAAGGAAUUGAAAUUGAAGGUUGAGAUGCUGAACAAUGCAUAUAAGAACCUGGUCAACCAAAUUCAAGUGCCCACGGAGGUGAAAGUUGAAAGGAGCGAGAAGGGAUUUGUGGUAAGAGUAUUAUGCUCGAAAGGCCGAGAUUUGCUGGUGAGGAUAUUAGAAGCGUUUGAUCAGAUGGGCCUCAACGUGCUCCAAGCUAGAGUUUCAUGCAACAACAGCUCAUUUUGCAUGGAAGCCAUUGGAGAAGAAGAAGAAGUUGAGAGGGAGAGGUUGGAUGUUCGAGUCGUGAAACAAGCUCUUCUAAAGGCUUUGGAAAGCAAGGUGGAUGGAUGUGUGUGUUUGGGUCCUCCUAAUUAGACAGUACAUAGAUAUAUGUAUACAGAGAAGCUGUGCUUGUAAGCACACAUAGAUUAGGGAUUUUAAUUAAUCUUGAGGUUUGUAGAGAGAAGACAGAAGAAGAAAAGAGUGUAUGAGGCUCAUAUGGUUUACCUCUCCUUUUUAAGAUAUGGUGCCUUAUCACCGUACACUUGGCAUGGAUACGUGUUAAUCUACUGGUAAAUUCAUGGGGCCCACUGUUUAUGUUUAUGGAGUGUAAGUUGAAAAUUAAAACAAAGUGAGAAUAGGUCCUUAUUCA